GUCUGCAAAGUGCUGCUCCCUGGUGCUCAGAGGCGGCUGCUCCAGCUCCAACUCUCAUUCAUUUCGCCGGUUAACAUGAGAGAUCAUGGCCGCCUUCGGGCUUCUCAGCUAUGAGCAGAGACCGCUGAAGCGCCCCCGGCUCGGGCCUCCCGACGUCUACCCGCAAGACCCCAAGCAGAAGGAGGAUGAACUGACCGCUGUGAAUGUAAAACAAGGCUUCAGCAAUCAGCCUGCCUUCAGUGGAGACGAACAUGCCUCUGCCAGAAAUAUUGUAAUCAACCCAUCAAAGAUUGGAGCUUAUUUUAGCAGCAUAUUAGCUGAGAAACUAAAGCUGAACACCUUCCAGGACACCGGCAAGAAGAAACCUCAAGUCAACGCGAAAGAUAAUUACUGGCUGGUGACUGCGCGAUCUCAGAGUGUCAUUCAUAGUUGGUUCUCUGACUUAGCAGGAAAUAAGCCGCUUGCGAUUCUGGCAAAAAAGGUUCCCAUCCUUAGCAAGAAAGAGGACGUGUUCGCAUACUUAGCCAAAUACUCCGUGCCAAUGGUGCGAGCGACAUGGCUGAUCAAGAUGACGUGUGCCUAUUACUCCGCCAUCUCCGAGGCCAAACUGAAGAAGCGCCAGACGACGGAUCCUAAUCUGGAGUGGACGCAGAUCGCCACCAGGUAUCUGCGAGAACAGUUGGCCAAGAUCUCCGACUUCUACCACGGGGCCUCCAGCUCGGGCGACGCCCCCACCCCUGUGCCUCCGGAGGUGGAACAGGCAAUGAAACAGUGGGACUACAAUGAGAAACUGGCCUUUCACAUGUUCCAGGAAGGAAUGCUGGAAAAACACGAGUACUUGACAUGGAUCCUGGAUGUGCUAGAGAAAGUCAGACCCACCGAUGACGACCUUCUGAAACUCUUGCUGCCGCUGACGCUGCAGUAUUCGGAUGAGUUUGUCCAGUCGGCCUACCUGUCCCGUCGUCUCGCCUUCUUCUGUGCCCGCCGCCUGUCCUUGCUGCUGACCGACAGCCCCAGUCUCCAUGCCGCCCACUCCCCCCACAUCAUGAUGGGACCAACCCCCUCGAGCAUCGGGGCGCCCAGCCCCGGCCCGCCCGGCCCCAGCAUGAGCCCCGUGCAGCUGGCCUUCUCCGACUUCCUUUCCUGUGCGCAGCACGGCCCCCUGGUGUAUGGACUCAGCUGCAUGUUGCAGACUGUCACUCUCUGUUGCCCAAGUGCCUUGGUGUGGAACUACUCCACCAACGAAAACAAGAGCUCGAACCCAGGCUCCCCGCUGGACCUGCUGCAGGUGGCCCCUUCCAGCCUGCCCAUGCCCGGGGGGAACACGGCGUUCAACCAGCAGGUGCGAGCAAGGAUUUAUGAGGCAGAGCAGCAGAUAAAACAGAGAGGCCGUGCUGUGGAAGUCCGGUGGUCUUUCGAUAAGUGCCAGGAGUCGACCGCAGGGGUGACCAUCAGUCGGGUCUUGAACACUCUGGAAGUCCUGGAUCGCCACUGUUUCGACCGCACCGAUUCCAGCAACUCCAUGGAGACGCUCUAUCAUAAGAUUUUCUGGACAAACCAAAGCAAAGACAACCAAGAGGUGGCGCCCAACGAUGAGGCAGUGGUGACCUUGCUGUGCGAAUGGGCCGUGAGCUGUAAGCGCUCAGGCAAGCACAGGGCCAUGGCUGUGGCAAAACUCUUGGAGAAGAGGCAAGCAGAAAUCGAGGCAGAGAGAUGCGGCGAAUCGGAGGUCUUAGACGAGAAGGACUCCAUUUCUUCAGCUUCGUUUGCUGGAUCUAGUUUGCCAGUUUUCCAGAAUGUCCUCCUAAGGUUUUUAGACACACAGGCCCCCUCGUUGUCGGAUCCAAACAGUGAGUGUGAAAAGGUGGAGUUUGUGAACCUGGUGCUGCUGUUUUGUGAGUUCAUCCGCCACGAUGUCUUCUCCCACGACACGUACAUGUGUACCCUCAUAUCUCGAGGGGACCUGUCGGUCACCGCUUCGACGCGGCCUCGGUCGCCAGCAGAGCAUGCGGAUGAGCACUUUUCCAAGGAUCCCGAUGUGAAAAUGGAGGAGCAGAGAAUUAUGGCGCACAUGGGCAUUGAUUCAGGAACCACUAACAUUUUUGACGAAGUAGACAAGAAUGACUUUAAAACCGAAUUUGGUUCGGAAUUUCCAAUUUUCUCCCCCAUCCCUGGAGAGGCCUGUGAGAAUGUCAACCCCACCUUGGGAAGAAGACUGUCGGUGAACGGUGAGAAAUUGAUGAAGCGGGACAAGCCAAGGGAGUUAAUUUUCCCAUCUAAUUAUGACCUCCUUCGCCAUCUGCAGUAUGCGACCCAUUUUCCUAUACCUCUGGAUGAGUCCUCAAACCACGAAUGCAACCAGCGCACGAUCCUGCUCUACGGAGUCGGCAGAGAGCGGGAGGAAGCGCGGCACCAGCUGAAGAGGGUCACCAAAGACAUCCUGAGGAUCCUGAAUAAGAAGGGCACCGCCGAGACACCGGGUGGGGAUGAAGGCCCCAAAGCCAGGAAGAACAAGCAAGAAGCCUUUCCAACCCCGGAGACGGUGUUCACCAAGCUUCAGCUCCUCUCCUAUUUCGAUCAGCAUCAAGUGACGUCUCAGAUCUCGAACAACGUCCUGGAGCAGAUCACCAGCUUCGCCUCGGGAACGUCCUAUCAUCUCCCGCUGGCUCACCACAUCCAGCUGAUCUUUGACCUCAUGGAGCCUGCUCUGAACAUCAACGGGCUCAUCGACUUUGCAAUACAGCUGCUGAACGAGCUGGGUGUCGUGGAAGCCGAGCUGCUGCUGAAGUCGUCCAGCCUGGCAGGAAGUUACACCACGGGGCUGUGUGUCUGCAUCGUGGCCGUUUUGCGGCGCUACCACAGCUGUCUGAUCUUGAACCCGGAUCAGACAGCCCAGGUGUUUGAAGGGUUGUGUGGUGUGGUCAAACAUGUGGCCAACCCCUCAGAAUGCUCGUCCCCAGAAAGGUGCAUCCUGGCCUACCUCUAUGACCUCUACGUGUCGUGCAGCCACCUCAGAAGCAAAUUCGGAGACCUCUUCAGUAGUGCCUGUUCAAAAGUAAAGCAAACCAUAUAUACUAAUGUGAUGCCUGCAAAUUCCAAUCUGCGGUGGGAUCCCGACUUCAUGCUGGACUUCAUUGAGAACCCAUCGGCCCACGCCAUCAACUACUCCAUGCUGGGCAAGAUCCUUAGUGACAAUGCUGCUAAUCGCUACAGCUUUGUCUGCAACACACUCAUGAAUGUAUGUAUGGGCCAUCAGGACGCUGGCAGGACUAAUGACAUAGCCAACUUCUCCUCUGAGCUGACGGCGUGCUGCCCUGUGCUCAGCUCAGAGUGGCUGGGCGUGCUGAAGGCUCUCUGCUGCUCCUCCAAUCACGUGUGGGGCUUUAACGACGUGCUCUGCACCGUCGAUGUGAGUGACCUUUCAUUCCAUGAUUCAUUAGCUACUUUCAUUGCUAUUCUGAUAGCACGACAGUGUUUCUCCCUGGAGGACGUCGUGCAGCAUGUGGCUCUGCCCUCUCUCCUAGCGGCAGCUUGUGGAGACGCCGACGCAGAGCCGGGGGCGAGAAUGACCUGCCGACUCCUGCUUCAUCUCUUCCGGGCCCCCCAGGCCUGCCUGUUACCUCAAGCAAUGGGCAAGCCUUUCCCGGGAAUAAGAUCAUCUUGUGAUCGACACCUCUUAGCCGCUGCUCACAACAGCAUCGAAGUGGGAGCUGUGUUUGCUGUCUUAAAAGCAAUCAUGAUGCUUGGAGAUGCCAAAAUCGGCAGCAGCAAUGUCAGCUCGUUGAAGAACGAUGACUUUACCAUGAGGGGUUUACGGCGCGAUGGGAAUGCUGAUGACAUCUGGAUUGCCUCCCAGAAUCCAAAGUCCUGUGGCAAAAACAUCUCCAUGGAAACUGCCAACUUAAGAGAAUACGCUAGAUACGUACUAAGGACUAUCUGUCAACAGGAGUGGGUAGGAGAGCACUGCUUGAGGGAGCCGGAGAGACUCUGCACCGACAAAGAGCUGAUCCUGGACCCCGUGCUCUCCCACGUGCAAGCGCAGAAGCUACUGCAGCUCAUCUGCUACCCCCAUGGCGUGAAAGAGUGCACCGAGGGGGACAACAUGCAGAGGCAGCACAUCAAGCGCAUUCUUCAGAAUCUUGAGCAGUGGACGCUGAGGCAGUCGUGGUUGGAACUUCAGCUAAUGAUCAAACAGUGUCUGAAAGACCCUGGCUCCGGAUCGGUGGCUGAAAUGAAUAACCUCCUGGACAACAUUGCCAAAGCGACCAUUGAGGUUUUCCAGCAGUCAGCUGACCUGAACCAUCAUGCCUCUAACUCUGGCUUGGGCCUCUUCCACCCCAACAGCGUGGGCAGUACGGAUACAGGCAGCACGAGACAGAGUGGAAUAAAGACAUUCCUAAGUAUGUCUCUCUUGAGUCAGCAGCCUUUCCUCUCACUGGUACUCACCUGCCUGAAGGGACAAGACGAACAGAGGGAAGGCCUCCUGACGUCCCUCCAGAAUCAAGUUAAUCAGAUUUUAAGUAACUGGCGAGAAGAGCGUUACCAAGAUGACGUGAAAGCCAGGCAGAUGAUGCACGAAGCCCUGCAACUGCGGCUCAAUUUGGUGGGCGGCAUGUUUGACACCGUGCAGAGGAGCACCCAGUGGACGACAGACUGGGCGCUCCUGCUCCUUCAGAUCAUCACUUCCAGCACCGUCGACAUGCACACUAACAAUGAAUUAUUCACGACCGUUCUUGAUAUGCUGGGUGUUUUAAUCAACGGAACGUUAGCCUCCGACCUGUCCACUGCCUCCCCAGGGGGGUCCGAGGAGAACAAACGCGCCUACAUGAACUUGGUCAAGAAACUGAAAAAAGAGCUCGGAGACAAGCGGUCAGAAAGCAUCGACAAGGUCCAGCAGCUGCUGCCUUUGCCGAAGCAGACGUGUGACGUCAUCACCUGUGAGCCGAUGGGGUCCUUGAUCGACACAAAAGGAAACAAGAUUGCUGGAUUCGACUCGAUCGAUAAGAAACAGGGUCUCCAGGUGUCAGCCAAGCAGAAGGUGUCCCCGUGGGACCUGUUUGAGGGUCAGAAGAACCCCGCGCCGCUCUCCUGGGCCUGGUUUGGGACUGUCCGGGUGGACCGGAAAGUGAUCAAGUACGAGGAGCAGCACCACCUCCUCCUGUACCACACGCACCUCAUGCCCAAGCCCCGAAACUACUACCUCGAGCCCCUGCCCCUGCCUCCCGAGGAGGAGGAGGAAGAGCCCACAUCACCCACCUCUCAGGAACCAGAACGGAAGUCAGCGGAGCUGUCCGAUCAGGGAAAAUCCACAAUGGAUGAAGAGAAGAAAACGAAAGGAAGGAAGCGGAAGACGAAAUCCAGCUCCAGGGUGGAUGACUAUCCACAGAGCAACAUAUACCGAGUGCCUCCUAAUUACUCACCCAUUUCCUCCCAAAUGAUGCAUCAUCCGACAUCCACCCUGUGGGGCUACAACCUCCUGGGCCAGCCCCAGCAGUCCGGCUUUUUCCUUCAGAACCAGGCUCUGACUCCAGGUGGCUCCAGACUGGACCCUGCUGGCUCCUUUGUCCCCACAAACACCAAGCAGGCGCUGUCCAACAUGCUGCAGCGGCGCUCGGGCGCCUCCAUGCAGCCGCCCGCCCUGCACGCCAUCACGUCCCAGCAGCAGCUGAUCCAGAUGAAGCUCAUGCAGCAGCAGCAGCAACAGCAGCAGCAACAGCGGCUCCUCAGGCAAUCCCAGACCCCUCCUUUCCAACAGGGCCAGCCGGGCGACCAGGCAGCUCUCUUUGCUGCACAAACUCGGCCCUCCCCUCAGCUCUCUCAGUAUCCAGGGCUGCCACAAGCACAGACCAUGCCUCAGGGCUACACAAUGUACGGAACGCAGGUGCCUUUGCAGCAGACGCCGCAGCAGCAGGCUGGCAGCGUGGUCCUCUCUCCCAGCUACCCCUCCAGGACGUACCCGGCAGCACAUUCCAACCCUGCGCUCAUGGAGAGACUCAGGCAGAUGCAGCAGCAGCCCGGCAGCUAUGUCCAACAGCAGGCCUCGCCGUACCUGCAGCCCCUGGCUGGCUCCCAGAGACUGAACCAUCCGUCCCUCCAGCAGAGCCCUCUGGUGGGCGUCGGCGUCGAUGCUGUACUGACUCCUGCCCAUCCGAACCUCCCCUCGGUGCAGCUGCCCCAGGACCCCAUGAGACCCAGACAGCCCCAAGUGCGACCGCAGCAGAGACUCCUCCAGAUGCAGCAACCCCAGCUCCACCAGGCCUCCCAGCCCCAAGGGCAGACCUUGGGUCUCCAAGCAAUGCAGCCCCAGCAGCCUUUGUUCCCCAGGCAAGGCCUGCAGCAGACCCAGCAGCAGCAGCAGACGGCCGCGUUGGUGCGGCAGCUCCAGAAGCAGCUCUCGAGUAACCAGCCACAGCAAGGAGUGGCGCCGUAUGGCCCCCCAUCACACUUCUGAAUGUGGAAGAGGAGGGUUUCGCGUUUGCACUGACAAUGAGAAAAGGAAAUUUACUGCGUUCGUCAUCUUUCGCCACACCCCUUUCUUCUUUGAUUUCUCAGACGCUUGCCUCUGUUGUUUUGUUUUUGUUUUGGUGUUUGUGCUACAUUUCACACAGCCAUUGUUUCAACGAAACAGGAAAGGAGAAGCUGGCGUGUGGGUCUGGUGCACCCAACUUCUAAGUCGGUUUCAGACAACGUGGAGCCGCCUGCCGGGCCCACUCCAAGCAGAGUUGGGGAGCAGACCUUUCGAAAUUGGUGCUUUUCUGAGACUCCUACUUCACAGAACGCGCGAGGGACGGCGGCUGUCCCCUAUCGAUGUGUUCCCUCGGGACGGGAAAGUCGUGUCCCUUGUCUCGUUGAUCCCUCUUUUGUAAGCUGUGCUGGACCAAGCUGCUGCUUAGAAAGGCAUGUCACAUCUUGAUCGGGAAGUUGUCCCGUGUACUCUCUGUUCACUUCUGAUGGUGACACGGAGAGUCCUUUGCAUCACCUUCAUUUGAAAUGUUUGUAAUUUCAUGAGCACUUUAUAAACUCUGUUCUUAUUUAAGUGGGAGUUUUGUUUCCCCCCUCUGCUUUCCUUGUGAUCUAAAGGGCGCUGAGACAGCUUGCUCCUUGGAAGUUCCUCCCGGCUUCUGUGAGCUCCCCUGAGGCCGAGGGACAGCCGAUCACUCAUUGUUGGGGUGGCAGGACCAUAGGCCAGAAUCUUUGUGAAGGCACAACUCGUUAGGUCCAGAGGCCCACGUGAGUCACAGAGGAUUCGCUCCAGUCAUUAUUGCCAAAUUUUGGCGCGCACACACGCAAAACAACAACAAAAAGGCUAUUUAGUUUUGGGUCCCCCGAAUCUUAAUGCCAACUUGAGAAAAAGAGAAAAGAAAAAAAAAACACCUGACAACUGGCCCGAGAUUCUACCGUGCUCAAACUUGCCAUGGUUUCCAGAGAAUCUGGCCCCAAAGUCCAGAAAGCUCUGGGUUCCCACACACGGUGUGUUUGCUGUUUAUUUUGUAUGGUAAGUAUUUGCUAUUUUGAAUUUAGUUAUUGUCGGUACCAGUCUUGGUUGUGUAUUGCAUAUACUGUAUUUAUAAACUGGUGCAAAAAGCACAAGUAAAGUAAAUUAUACAUCAAAUUUAUUAUAAAGAAAUAGUAACUAUUUUAACUUUGUUUAAGUAUGUGGUAAUUUGCUCCUAUAAGAGUAAAAUUUAAAAAUGCAGUAAAUUAUUAUCAGUUUGUGUAACUUAAGAGUAUUCCAUAUAAUAUUUUUUUAGAUUUAGAUGCAUAAAAUUUCGAAUGUGAAAAUUGCCGGGCAUUUUAAAACAUGUGGGGGGCAUUUUCCCAUGUUCUGUACUAACAAUUCAUUUUCUUUCGCCAUAUGAUUUUACACAUCCUGUGGUCAAGCAUACUGUGAAUAGAGUUGUCUAUCAUGAGCAAACCAUGUAGUACAUCGGUGGAUCAUUUCUUUUGCAAAACAUUCUGUAAAUAACUUAGACCUUCCUAGGCGAGUUACUCAUUGCAAAGUUUGACGCAAGCAAACGACCUCAGAUACAUGUCCGCUUGCUUCCUGUGUGGCGCGAUCCAUGCGAAACUGCUAUGUACACUGUGAAAAUAUUUUAUACCAGCCUGCUGUGUUUACGUUGGGCUGGGGAAGAUUUUGCCAAAACAUUAAAGACCAUGCUUUUUCGCUCCAUGAACAUGCUCUCACCUGCUUUCAGAAGCCCAGUCUUGACAUUUGAACCGGUUUUGGACAUCAGGUUUUUGGGGUUUGGAGGUUUGGUGUUUGCCUCUCUUCUCGGGGUUCACGAAGUUACUUUUCAUCAAAGGACACAUCCAUAAAGUGACUGCAUCGGCCAAACCACCCGAAUGUCACAGUUGUGCCUACGCAGUCUUGCUCUGUCCUUUUUCUUUAUUUCGUUAUUUUCUGUCUGUCUGUCUUUUGCUUGCCUUUUAAAGAACUGCUGGUAUUUGAAAUGCCAGUUCUUGUUUUAAACGUCUGUUUUUGGAACUCAAUAUUGCAAACAGCAGUAAUACUGUUUCAAGAAUGAGUGUUAUGACUACAUAGCAUUAUUGUGCACUUUAUAUUUUACAGCAGUUAAUUUAUUAAUCCUCUUGCACAUGAAAGCAGUGGAGUAUAUUAUCUAAUAUAUAUAUAUAUAUAUAUAUAUUCGUGUCUUUUUUUUUUAAGGUGAGAAAGCUAAGUAAUGCUAAAGCCCUAUACCUCCAAGAUUCUAUGGAAAGUUGAGGACCGGUUUUCCCCUAUGACUUACUAAGAAAGCAACUAGAAUUCUCACUUGUACUGUCAUAUUUUCCCCUAUAUAUAGUUCUUGAUCCUAAGGGACCUGAUGUCCCCACACCUGCCCCCCAGCAUAAUAGUCGUUUCAUGAAAAGGUUCACCAGUGAAAGUUCUAUCAAGUCAGAACUUGGCAAUUUGCUUGGCGAGAUAGAAGCCACCCCCAGCUCCCUUUAACAAGAAGGCCUUGAAUUCUAAUGGAGGUGGGUAUAGGAAGACAGGACACGCCUGUGCACCCUGAAGGCUCAUGCCUGCUAGGGUUGUGUUUGUCAUGUUGUCUGUUCCUUUUGGCUAGCAAGUGGAAGGAGACUGCUGCUGGAGCCUCCGGUAACCUGUGGUAGCUGCAAGACACCAACACCAGAGAGUGACUCCUAAGUAGGGCUAGCUGAUGAAAACACACAGCUGAGACUGUGUUUUCUCUACAAAGAUAUCUAAGCAAGGCUAAGACUGCGAUAAAUCUUAAGACAUUAGAAAAAUCCUAGUCAGAAUUUAAAAGAUAAGCAUCUCCCCCCACCCCCCAUUAAUUGGUUGAAUUGAGCAUUUUGUAUAAAUAAAGUGCAUUCCAGGAAACCACCUUUUGCAUAGGGCUGGACAGAUUUUACACGCAGUGAAAUUUGAUUCCAUGUCAUAGACCGACCUACGUAGUUUCCCUUCCGGGAAGAGUGGUCACUUCAUGAAGUCCUGGGGCCUCCUCAAACAGCUCUAAACCAGGGGUUCCUGACAUCGAUCUUGAGGUGACAGGAAUUUCACCAUAUUUUUCAAACAAACGAACGGAACGUUAACUUGUUUUACGGGUGUCUUUGGACAAUGACGUCAUCAGCUCCCCUUUCACAUUGUCUGAUGUGCAGGUCCACGUGGAAACGUUAGGCUACAUUCAUUUGCACAUGAGGUUCUGAGAGCAUUUUUUUUCCAUUCCCCACCGAGGACCAUUUACAGUGGCGGGCGGGGGGAAGGUAAAUCCCCACACCGGUUCAGCGGUUAGUACUCUCUCUAAACCGUGAAAGCUGCCCAUCACCAUGACCACCCCAGGACUGCACUUUCGCCCUUCACUGCCUGUGUUGUGAGAUCCACACCUGCAACAUGGACCGAAGGUGGACACGCCAGGCGGCUGGCACCAAAAGAAGCAGGUCUGUGCUGACUGGGCGUGCCUGGUGGUCAAUCGUGUUUGCCCGGAAUGUUCACUGUUCCGUGUUGGCAAAAUAAAAGUGCCUUAAGUUACAGAUUUGUUUUGAGGUCCACUAAAGAAAAUCCGUAUCCGCUCAUCCCGCAUUAAUUUUUCCAAGUCUUUACCCCCUUUUUUUCUUUUUGCAUGUCCACUGUCCAUUGACUAUUGUAAAUGUAUUCAAAGUCAUUUACAUGCCUCUGGCUGCCUUUGAUUAAACUUCUUCCAAAAAAUAA